CUCCGGGCGGGGCGGGCGCCGCGCUGCCCGCUGGGACGCGUAGUCCCGGCGCGGCGCAUGGCGGGUCUGGCGCUGCGCGGCUGCUGCGGGCGCGCCCCGCGGGGGCUGCUGCGCUCCCUGCCCGCCCGCCGGGGCUGCGCGGGGGCCAGGCCGCCGGCGUUCGGGUUCCUGCUGGACGUGGACGGGGUGCUGGUGCGGGGCAGCCAGGCGCUGCCCGCCGCUCGCAGGGCGUUCCAGAGGCUGGCGGACACCAGCGGGAGGCUUCGAGUCCCCGUCGUGUUCCUCACCAACGCCGGGAACUGCCUGAGGGCGGCCAAGGCCCAGGAGAUCUCCCGGGCGCUGGGGAUGCAGGUGUCACCGGAGCAGGUGAUCCUGUCCCACAGCCCCCUGCAGCUCUUCAGCCAGUUCCAUGAGAAGUGCAUGCUCGUGGCUGGGCAAGGGCCUGUGGAGGAGAAUGCCCAGAACCUGGGGUUCAAGCAUGUGAUCACCAUAGAGGCACUGAGGAAGGCAUAUCCCCUGCUAGACAUGGUGGAUCAGAGCCGGAGGCCGAAAGAGCUGCCUCCUCCGACCACUGGCUUUCCCACUAUAGAAGGGGUGAUUCUGUUUGGUGAGCCAGUGAGGUGGGAGACAAGCCUGCAACUUAUAAUUGAUGUACUCUUGAGCAAUGGGAACCCUGGGGCGGAGCUGCAGGAUAUACCAUACCCGCAUCUACCCAUCCUUGCCUGCAACAUGGAUCUCCUGUGGAUGGCUGAAGCCAAGAUGCCCAGGUUUGGCCAUGGCACUUUCCUUCUCUGCUUGGAGAACAUCUACAAGAAAGUGACAGGCCGUGAGCUGAAGUACGAGGCCUUGAUUGGCAAACCCAGCACAGUCACCUACCGCUAUGCCGAAUACUUGAUAAAGCAGCAGGCAGAGAAACAGGGCUGGAAGUCUCCCAUACGACGCCUCUAUGCAGUUGGGGAUAACCCCAUGUCCGAUGUCUAUGGGGCAAACCUCUACAACAACUACCUCAAGUCAGCUCACCAGAACCAAGUCCAGGCUGGAGUGAAGAGGAGCCCACAGGCAACCAGUCCCCAAACUGAGCAUCACCUCAAGCUGAGAGAGGACUGCAACAAUUCAGUGGAGAGCUGCGAGUCGAUUCUGGUCUGCACUGGGGUCUACCGCCACAAUGCAGAUGUUCCCAGUAACACAGAGAAGUGCACAAUGGAGACAGUGUUCCAUGGUCAUCGGGACUUCUGCUUUGACCCUUGCCUGGUGGAGGCAUCUUACAUAGUGCAGGAUGUGAAUGAUGCUGUGAAACUUGCUUUCAAGAAGGAGAACUGGAGCUAGGGUUAACACAGAUGCGCCUAAAGAUCUACCAUUAGGGAUUUUAUGUACUGGAAAGGGAAGAGGGGCAGAAUGGGGAGACACCUGGGGUAAUAUUCUAAUCUAGCCAGCAUGAAAGACAACUCCCUCUCUCACCACUAAAGGCCCUUUGCUUUUAUUGCUACUCAUCUGCAAUCCUGACAGCUGCCAGCAGGCUUUCAACUGUGAACGUACAUUGCUGCCAUCAAUAACUGAGCCAUAACGGAAACAGGGUAUAAGGAGAAGGCUUGUCCCAGCCAUCUCAGCUUUCUUCAGCCAUUAAAGUUCUUUCUUUUCCACCGUUUGUCCGUGAAGAUCAGGCAAGCCCACCUUCCUCCCUCAUGAUGUGUUCGCAAUGAAACUUUCCUGUGCAAGGAGCUGCUGUCGGCCAAUGUGCCAUUUGUACAACGUACUAUUAGUCCAAUCUGUGACAUGAAGCUGUGUUGUGGUAAUGCUGCCAAGGGAAGGCUUUAAGACUUAACAUUCUCCUUAUGAAGAAUAAGUGCCUGUGGACUUUAACAAAUUUUAUUUGCUUGGGGAUUUGCCACUGCCUCACUGUGUAUCUGAAACAAAGUCCCAUUUUGCAAUUCUCUGGCAACUACGAAGAGGCAGGGCCCCUCAAAGGAAGCUGCAGUAGCCAGAGCAACUUGCUGCAGGGCCAAAGGGAAAGUUAUAUUAUUCCCUCUCCCACCUAUUUAGCAUUCUGUGAACACUUCUGCCUUUUUGCAUCUCACUAGGGAGCCAGCAGCCUGCGCUCAAUAGCAGAGGAAGCCACCACAGAGUCUGAAUUUCUAGACUUGUCUGCUCAGAACUCAGUAUUGCAGCAAGAGGCUGUUUUGGCAUGCAUCCUGACCCCAAAUGUUGCAAGGGACAUCUACCUGCCCCAGCUGGCACAGCUUCCAAAGAGUGGCCCCUCUUUGGAGCAAAGGCCAACCAGAAAGAGUCACAAACCACUUUUGCUCCUUCCUUGUAUGCAAGGAUUGAAAGAUUAAAUCAUCAAGCCAGGAUGGUACCUAAGCCCAAGGUCCCCAAUUCUUAUCUUUAGGAGUACAAAUGUAUCUGGUUUUCAGUUCUUUAUUUCUUUGCCUCUCUUCCUCCUGUGGUUUUCAACUCAGGGAUAUCUCAUCUGGUCUGAUCCCCGUUUACUCCUCUUCCUUUAGCCUGCAGGUAGUCCCCGAUACAUGAAUUAGCAGCUGGGAGUUGCCUGCCCAGGAAUAUUUUCAUAUCCCUAAUGACAUGCAGUUUCCGUUGCUUCUGUUUUUCUAGCUUGGGCUCUGAAGAGAAAGAUCAAGCCUCGUGUCUCUUUAGACAGUCCAAAGAAGUUAAGCAAGCAUUGCUCGAGGAACUCCAUGUAAAAGAUUAGCUCAGGAUAAGUGUCUUAAUUCCAGAGGAGCACUGUAAUUUUAGAAGCAUAAGUCAGCCUGCAUAUGUGAUGGAAAGCUGUUGGAGCCAGCACAACAGAGUUAGUGUUCCUAGUUAUGCUCAGCUCACAUCACACUGAGAGAUCAGAAAUAGGUCUGCUCUGCCUCCUCUUUUUUCCUUCCUGCUUUACCAAGCAGCUCCAUACGCAGGGUACAAACAAGAUGUUCUGCGCAGAACUUCGGGUUGUUAAUUAAAAUCUCAGCAUCCAUGUGCACUGACAUUUUGCUUCAGCAGCUUUCCAUCCUUUCACUACUGAUGUAUCUUCCUAGGAAGGUCACACUGCAGAGCAGGCUCUUUUAUUAUGCCAGGAUCUGUGUCUGAAGGGUUCUGUCAGUGACCCUGGCAAAGAGGUCCUUCUCUUUGGCUUCUUUUUCUAUACCUUAUUUUCUGAGUAGGAGCAGAAAAAUACCUCCAUGGAUGAAUUUCCCUCCUGUUAAAUCCACAGUGCGAAGCAGACUCUUCCUCUCUUAGCACUAGCUGGGAUUCUCCUCCUUUGUCUUAUAAAAACAAGAAGCACUUGGCUGCUUCUAAAAGCAGCUGUAAUGAGAGGAACACAAUCUUAGAUUUGAAUUAUUUGCCUUCCACUGGAGAGAAAGAGAAAUUACCAUUUCUUCUACCUACACCAGAUAAGAACUUGUCUCCUGUUCCCGAAGGAUAAUUACAGGGGAAGGACUUUGCAUAUAACACAGAAAAGCUCUUUUAGCUUCCAGACCAUCUCUGCAGUCACAAUUAUGUUGUGGGCCCAGUGUGCAAGGCCUGAAACCAGAGACCCAAACCCCAUUUAUUCAUAAGCUAGCUCCAGUGUCCCUUAGCCUCACUUUUCAGAGGUCAUAUACAGUGCAGAAAAAGCGAUGCUCCCUUUCCUUGCAAUAUUUGCUAACUUGGGUAAUAACUUCCAUAGGAUUAAUUUGGAAUGGUCUUCUAGGCUGUGAUUAAAUAGACCUCAGAGAGCUGGUUGCUGGCAAUAACGCCUUCAGUUUGGCGGGUACUUAUCUGCAGAAAUACUAAGAUCUGUCCAUCUGGGUGCAGUAACCUUUGGCAGAGCUCUUUCUUGUUACUUGUUGAGAUUGUGGUGCCAGUUAGUCAAAACCAAGGUGCUGCUGAACCGGUGUUGCCUGAGGGGUGCAGCACUGCUGAAUCAGCUGUCCCAAAUGUCCUGUUGGCCCCCCAGUGAUGGUGGUAGCUUUGUGGAAGGAGUCUGCAGAAGAAUCUUGAGAAAUCACAAGCACUUUCUAAUGUGCAUGGCACAUCUCAGCCAGAAAUGAGGUAGUUACCUCCUUCAGCCAGAGAAAGGAGGUAGCACUUCCUUCAAGAAAGGAAGAGGUUUCCAUUUACACAGGGAGUGAGCCAGGCAUUUCCAUCUUUGGAAUAGCAGUGGAGGUGAGUUGAGUGAUGUGAAUCUGCUUCAGAUUCCAAGUCUGCUUUUAGGUCUGUAUUUUUCUUUACCGUGUUAGUGGUGUUGAAACAGUGUUCUGGAAGUCUUAAAAAUGAAUAGGAGGAGCUUCAGCAAUAAAGAAUUUAAAUGCUUCACUUCUGAGUUGACAUUGGGCAGAAGAGAGGGGAAAGAUUUUGGAAGAACCCCGUGCCCUUUCCCCAGUUCUUAGCAAGUGAGGUUGCAUAGAAGGCUCUGCUUAUUGGUCUGUACACUGCUUAGUGCGAUUGGCUGUCCUUGGUCUGAGCAACACCGAGACCUUUCCCCUCUUCCCCUGCUCACCAACUUGAAGCACUGCACUUUGUCCAGAUCACUGCCUAGGAAUUGCAUGGACACAGUCAAUAGAGUAGGAAAUCUGGGUUCUCUGCCUGCUCUUGCAUAAUGACUUGAUUGCAGAAGAUUUCUGCAGAAGAAAGUGCUUGUCAGGUCUCCUCCGUUCCACAAGUUUUGUGCUAGAGUGCUGUGCAGGCUUCUAGCUUAUCUGCAGUUUUUUUAUGGAAAUCUGCUAUUGCUAGAUUUCAGUGAGAUCCUUUUUCCUUGGAAUUGCAGCUUCCUGGAAUUAGCUUCAAGCAUGGCUGGAAUGAAACUUUUUCUGUCUCACAUGUUGCACCGAAGUGGUAUUUCUGAAGCCAUAUUUCUCUCAUAUGGAGCAAGCAUACUUCUGUGCAGAUUAUGGGACCAAGCAGGAGAGGGAACUUCACUUGCUGAUCCAAUAACUUAAUAUUUAUAUGGUGCACUGCCCUGUACAACAAACAUGGUGAAGACUUGAUCAUAAAAACUCCAUCUUCCACAGAUGGACGGGUUUUAGUCGAGCUGAAAGGGAGUAUGCAGUGAGGUGAGGCAACUGAGACUAGCAAUGAGGAUGCAGAGGAGGGGUAGACCUUCUUUUGGAUCUGAAGCAGAGAGCUUUUAUGUCAUAACACGGUGGCCAGAGAACUCAAUUCCUUUAAUUCCACAGGACACAUGCAACUCCUAGCCUGCCAUUCAGGGAGUCAUAUAACACUACUAUCCAUUUUCUUCCAAUCUUAAUCCCAGUGUAUCCUUUUCCCGUCAAAUAAAUAGGUAAUGGUUCAGAUUAUAUUGUGCACUGUAGCAGAGUGGUUACAGAGAAAUCAAAAGCUGUGAUUACUUUAGAUUUUGUAUUAAUUUCAACCUAGUUCCAGACUUGCUCCUUUGAUUUAGCACACUUGUAAAAUAAUAAAAGAUGUUUUCUUUGAAAUAAAUUGUAACCUGCUAUGUGUGUUUUUCAUGGGUAUUACCCCAGUCUCUUUCCCAUCGUUGACCUAGAAGAUUAUCAGGACAAAUUCUGUUCUUUUGUUCUGUUCAUCAAGCCAUUCUUAGAUUUUCUUGAGGGAACGACCCUGAAAG